AGUGACGACAUGGCAGAAACAGACGCGACUGUCCAAUCAGAAACUGGCGCGCGGAAAUAAACAGGAAGAAAGCCGAACUGUGCAGAGGAAAAUCAGGCUGCUGAAGUUUUGUCGUUAAAAGUUCAGUCAUCUAACGGUAGUGAAGCAUGACAAGUGAAAAAGACAUCAGUUUGCACGAUAAAGUUCUCAAAGCAUUCCCCUCAGCUGAUGUAACAGAAGAGGACCUUGUCCAAAAUCCUCAAUUUUGCAAGCUCCUGGCUCAGCUGUCAGAACAUGUGGACAGCACCGGUCUUCCCAAGUCCCGGAGGAAACAGCUGGUCAAGGCAGAAGGGGAUCUUGAUUGUGAGCUGAAGAAGUGGAUGAGGCCCAUGAUCACGCACCAGCUGCUGGAGGAGAUGGUACAGGAGCACGUUGUGGGGAAGCAGAGAUGCAAGCAGACAGCAGAGGACGACAAGUUCUACAAAACGCUGGAGCAGUGUCUAUUGGCAGCCAAGUGUGGUGUUGGGCUGCAGCUGGGGGAUGCCCCAUGCCCUGUCCUUGGCAUCUCUGCAGAACACUUGAAGAGGGCAAUGCCCUCCGAGCAGGACAUUUGCGAUAUGCAGGACAGACUGCCAAAGGAGCUGGAGAAACAUCUCAAAAAGAAGGCCAAUAGCAUCCUAGGCUUUGUUCAGCCGGAAUCAGAAAAAGACAGUGAGGGCCUGAAGUUGAAGAAAUUCAACCAUCUCCCUCAAAUGCUGAAGGCAGAACGAGACCGAAUUGAGCACUUGAGCAAAGAAAAUGAAGACUUGGCCUUCAAACUGACACGGGAAACUCACAAUUAUCUCAAUGACUCACUGGAGCACAUGAGGCUUCUCCAGACUCUGCUUCUGGAGAACAGAUUAAAGGUUCAAACGGAGAUAGACAGGAAGAAGUUGCAGUACAUCGAGGCCAAAUGCCGGCUUGCCGUGCAGAAGAUAAGGUUUCAGAUGCUAGAGGUACAGUUGGAUACGUAUACACCAAGCAAAAUAGCCACACAUAAAAAGAUCAGUGAGCAUCUAGAAACAGACUUAUUGGCCUCUCAGAAAGAGAAGCAGGACGUUAAAAACCAGCUGGAUUCCUAUGAAGUAUUUGGUCAAGAGUUCAAGGACCUGGCAGAGGAAUAUGCUCGUCUUCAGGCAGAAAUCCAAGCUAAGAAGUUGGCAGUGCAGGCCUUGACUAACCCAGACGCUAAAUGACUACCCAUCUACGCCUAAUAAUGUGUAUUUUUUCUUUCUUUCAUUUAACCCUUCUAUAAUGUUUGUGAUCACUAUUAAAUUAAUAAAAUCCUGUAUGAUUGGUGGAUUAUGA